AAUAAAUUGAUGAUGUCUGUUAGCUAUUCAAAUUUCUUUUUUUUCAGGAUUUUACUUAUUCGAUCUUUAUCCUUUCGUGCAAUUAAUACUAAUUCGCUCUUAUAAUUAGUUAGUGUAUAUGAAGAGCUCAAGCAAUUGAGUGCAAGAUAUUCUGCAUUAGAUCGGCCUUCUGUCUACAGUUUUUAUUAGUUUUAGGGAAAAUAUCGAGCUAUUGAAUCUGCUGAGAUGUAGAAAUAUUCUUUUUCUUUCAACUAGAAGUAUCAAACUUCAUAAAAAUCUAUUGUUCUACUAUCAGAUAUCAUUUCAAUAAUAUCAUCGCUAAUUUUCGAAUUCGAAUUUUUCUUAUUGAAACAUCUUUUUUCAGAAACUAUAAACAUUUUAAAUUCUAUCAAUAAGUUAUUUUUGUUUUUUAUAGUAAUUGAAACAGCAGAAAAACUUAAUAAUGAUCAAAAUUCAAUUUUAUCAUUUCAUUUAACAUCUUUCAAUACAUAUUAUGAAAAUAAUGAUUUAUUAAUUUUUUGGGAUUUUGAUACAAAUAUAUUAACAAAUUAUUUUCUAAAUACAAAAUUUCAAAUAAUUAUUGAACAAGAAUAUCCUUCUAAAAUUGAAAUUAUUCGACAAACUGAUUUUAUAUCACCAUAUCUUAAACAAUAUAUUAUUCCUAAUUUACCAUCAAAUAAAAUUUAUCAUGUAUGUUUAUUAAUAACACGUUUAUCAUAUGGUAGUGAUAAAUAUUGUCGACAAACAACAACAACAACAAUAACAUCAACAACAUCUAAUAAACAAACAUUAUUUUUUAAUCGUUCAAUUAUAUUUGGUUUUCUUUUUGGUACUAUUCUUACAAUAUGUUUUUUAAUAAUAUUAUCAUUUAUUUGUCAUUUAAAUUAUAAACAAAAACAUUCUCAUCAUUUAUUUCAUAAUCAACAACAUAAACAUAAUAUGUAUAUUGAUCGAAAUAAUAAUGAUGGAAUAUAUACAUAUUCAAUUGUUUCUUCUCCAUCAAUAAAAUAUCAUUAUUUAAAAAAGAAUAAUUGUCAAACAUAUUUAAACCCUACUUCAUCAUGGUAUUAUCAUAGUACAAGACAAUUACCAUGUAUACGACCUUCACCUUGUUGUUUUUUACAAUAUCAUAAUAGAACAUUAAGUAGUAGUGUAACAACGAAUCAUAUAACAAGUUUAUCAUCUGAAUAUAGCAAUGGUAUUGAUAAAGAACCAAUAACAUCAACAUCAAUUAUGAGUAAUACAAGUUUAGAUGAACAACCAAGUCAUAUUAUUCAAUGUUCAACUAAACAUCUUUAUGAAGAACUUGGUGAUACUAAUUUAUGUCAUUGA